CGAACCAGCGGUUAGGAGCGACACUAAAUCAAGUGGGAAUGAAACUCGUUGAAACAACGCUAGACAUGGUAACGGAUCCAUGACUGUGCUUCUGUUAUUAUCAACGCCAGUAACGGUUAAACCUAUUGCAUGUGUCGAAAUGAAGGACGAGAAGAGUAACUCUAUAUUGCCCACUGAAGCGACUCGAUUGAGACCAAGAUUGGAAAGUUUCGAUGAUGUUCUGCCGUAUGUCGGUGACUACGGGAGAUAUCAAUGGCUGUUGUUAUUGUCGUUACUACCUUAUGGCGCGACGUACGCGUUUCUGUAUUUCUCGCAAUUUUUCAUUACGAUUAUUCCCACGGAACACUGGUGCAGGAUAGACGAAUUAGUAAACUCGAAUUUCACCGAAGAAGAGAGGAUUAAGAUAGCGAUUCCAGUGACGAACGUUUAUCCUUAUUACGAACAAUGUCAACGGAAGGACGUAAACUUCACAGAGCUGUUGAAGAGCGAUAAGAGCCUGAGCUCAUCGGGCUUCCAAACAAACAAAACGAUAAAAUGUACUCAAUGGGAGUAUAAUUUUACGCAGAUUCCAUAUCCUAGUAUAGGAACUGAGCUAGAUUGGGUAUGCGACCGAGAAUACCUCGUAUCAACGGCGCAGGCCAUCUUCUUCUGCGGAUCCAUCAUCGGUGGUUUCCUAGUCGGUUGGAUCGCCGAUCACAAGGGUCGUAUCCCAGCUUUAAUGUUCUGCAAUGGUAUCGCCCUUUUUGCCUCCAUUUUCACUGCCAGCGCAAAUAGUUUUUGGUCAUUCGCCGUCUGUAGGUUUCUCACUGGACUGGCGUUCGAUAACUGUAUCAACAUUCCUCUGAUUAUCGGUAAGCCUUCUACGAAAGCUUUUGCCACCACCAGAGAUGAAUAUAUUGAUUUUGUUAUUGUUAAAGAUCGUUUCAUCGAUUUUCAUGUCGUCGAGGAUAGUUAUAUCUUGAUAUUCUUAAAUCGAGUUAUACAAGGUGGUUGCUACAACUACAUCGCAGUGGCCAGUACAAUUUUACCAUGGAUAGCCUAUUAUAUCGCAAACCGGAGAUAUUUUACUUACGUUACUGCCAUACCGCUGUUAUCUGUCGCUAUCACACCGUGGAUUCUUCCCGAGAACGCCCGCUGGUACGUUUCCAACGGGAUGAUGGACAAGGUUGUUGAGAAACUACGGAGAAUAGCUAGGAUCAAUCGUAGAAAUCCAGACUCGCGUAUUUACGAUAUAUUAGUUAGUAACAUGGAGGCACCGGACAAAAUUCAAGAAUCAGCGACGCUGCUCGAUCUGUUCAAAACGCCACGGUUGGCGAGAAACACUAUUCUUCUAGUUGCAUUCUGGUGUUUUACCCUGAUCUCGUUCGACGAUCACGUGUAUUCAUUAAAACUUAUCCAGAGCUCGGUGUUCGUGUCGUUCUCGAUCGCCUGUGCCACAGAACUUCCAGCUGGGUUAUUACUCGCCCUGUUGCUCGACCGAUGGGGUCGUAGACUCUGCGGAUUUCUCACGAUGGCAAUGACCUGUGUACUCAGUAUCGCUGAACUUAUGCUGCAUUCCAUGCUCGCGAAAUUAGUAAUGUCAAUAUUGUCGCGAUUCUGUCUGAACAUGGCAGCUAAUGUUGGUCUUCAGUAUGCAGCAGAACUUCUGCCCACGCCAGUCAGAUCGCAGGGCGUAUCUUUCAUUCAUAUUUUCGGAAUAGUUGCACACUCUUUGGCGCCAUAUAUCACUGACUCGGCUGCAAUUUGGGAGGGAUUUCCAAUGCUCAUUAUCAGCACGGUGUCCUUUUUUGGCGCUGCACUGGUUUUGUUCUUGCCGGAAACUGUCGGCCAGAAUCUUCCUCAGACUAUCAAGCAAGGCGAAGAAUUCGGAAGGGACCAACAUUUCUGGUCGUUGCCUUGCUACCAUAAGACACACUUCAAUGGACAUCAACACUAUCACUCCUGUGAACGAUAAUUAUCUGAUUUUUAAUAAUAAUUCAAUUAAAAAACACGAAGGAGGAUUCGUGUUUUUUUAGAAGUAACAAUAUUACAAGCGGAUCAGUCUGACGAUUUUUGUACGAGAAAAAAUCGGAACAUAUUAUUUUUCUAUUCUCCUACAUUAAUUUUUAUUUUUAUCGUUUACGUUUAAGAAUUUGUAAGCCUUAAUUCUAAAAAGAGCGAGCUUAGAAAUCGUGUUCCUAUAUAAUUUUUAUUAUUAUCUUUUAAGAGCUUUUAUAAUUUUAAUGCUAAUUUUCACUUGCGUUACGCACGUUCGAAUCGUUCAGCGGUUGGUGCUAAUUUGAUAUUCAAAGAUAUUACGUAGAAUAAUAUCGAAAAUGUUACGUAAAUUAAUAAUUACGUAAUUUAUUAAUUACGUAAAUAAUAAAUUAGGGAGAUUUAAAUUUUUGAUUCCUUUAAUGUUUUUAACAUUUUUUACUGGAAUAUAUUGGACAAAAUCUUAUUUAAAAAAAUAGUACGUUUAGAUAAUUUUUCUUUGUGAAAAGAAACAGUUUUAUAUCUUUUGAACGAUUAUCCACGUAUUUUUAACGAUUAUUUAUCUAUUCGUUAUAUUUUUUGUACGAUUUUAAAUAACGUACAAUAUUAAUAAAAUCCAAGCUUGAAGACUUUUUAAAUUAUUGUUAUAAUUUCUUCAGCACCAACUGCUGGACUUUUAUCUAUCUAAAACGAGUUGUACGUACAUUAAAAAAAAAAUAACUCUAAUUGACUGUUUCUAUGGUUUAGGAAGAAGAAAAAAAGAAAGGAAAGAAUAUUGUAAGCAAAUCGUGCCAUCGUAUGACGAUCAGUGUUCGUCGUUGUGCCAAUAACAACGCAAUCAAUCUGAAGAAACCUAUUCAUAGUAUUCAUAAUCAUCACUCACGUAUAUAUUCGCGUAUA